GGUGAGCUUUUCAAACUCGAGACGCAAAUCGAUCCCGACUGAUCCCGACCGCGGAUCCUGGUGCAAGAAUUGUUUGCUGGACCCUCCAAGAUUAUUUCCACAAUCUUGAACGGCGCUGGUUACGUCAAAGGAAAACGUGACAUGGAAUCCGCGAUCGGAAAUCUCGAGGAAAGCGUGCAGAAAGCCGACGGGAAACUGGACAUGAUUGCAUGGCAGAUAGACGAAUUUGAGAAGGCCUUCGAGGAGCCAGAAGACGAGGUACACAAAGGAGUGAUUUAUCAAAAUGGUCUUCAAUUGGGAGGAGGAAAGACCAUAAAGAUACUACACGAUCAUGGGAGAAUUGCCGCAAAAUACAAUCACCUGAUGAUGAAUAAGAACUCCUACCUGGAAAUGAAAGACAAGUUUGGACGAGUGGUGCAGAUGGUGAAACAUGAUGAACCCUACCUAGAAAUAAAAGACGAGUCUGGACGAGUGCUGAAAAUUAUCCAGUUUGAAAAAUCGCCAUGUUUCGUUAAAAUACAAGGGUUUUUCAGCCACAAGUUGCGUAGCAUAAUUAGAAAGCAACGGCGAUGCUACAGGAAGAAAAUGUUCCUCAUGUGGAAGGAAAAUAUGCACCUCCCGGAGCUAUUUGAUUUACAGCCCUACGAGGUGGAUACUAAACCAGAGGACUGAAACUAAAUUACGGAGGAAUUAUUAUUAAUCAAUUAUAUU